CUUUCCUAGAGGCAACAAACUGAAACGGGUUGACCCCCACCACCGCUAGUCGCCAACCCCACGCACGCUCUGCGAGGACCCCCAUUCCCCACCCCACUGCACCCUUCCGUUUCCUCGGACCCCACCGCCGCGCCGCGCCCCCCGCAUCCCUCAGAUGCAGCAGCCGCCCGCCGAGAUGCACCCCGCCGUCGACGCCCCCGCCUCCGAGCCCGCGGCGCCCCAGCCCGACGCCGCGCAGGCCGCCGCCGCCGCCGCCGCCGCCACCGCGAGCGCCAGCGACACCGUCCCCGCGUCCGAUCCCGCCCCGCCCCCGCCGCCGCCCGUGCCGGCGCCCAAGACCGUCACGUGGAGCGAGAAGCUCACGUCGGACUCGCCGACGCACGUGCACGCCGCCGCCGCCGCGGAGUCCAGCCAGUACGUGUCCCGCGGGCCCGCCGCCUCCUCGUCCAAGGGCGCCGUGGAGGCGAUGAAGGAGACGCUGUCGAGGUGGGGGAAGUCGUGGGGGGAGACGACAAAGAUGGUCGAGAGCCUCAGCCGAGACACAUGGCAGCACUUCAAGACUGGACCUAGUUUAACUGAAGCUGCUAUGGGACGCCUAGCUCAAGGAACCAAAGUUCUAGCAGAAGGAGGCUAUGAAAAAAUAUUUAAGCAGACCUUCGAAUUUCUUCCAGAUGAGCAGCUGAAAGUAUGCUAUGCAUGCUAUCUCUCAACAUCAGCAGGUCCUGUCAUGGGAGUAUUGUACAUUUCUACAGCUAAGAUUGCAUUCUGCAGUGACAAUCCUCUCUCUUACAAAGCUGGAAACAAAACUGAAUGGAGUUACUACAAGGUGGUCAUUCCUCUUCACCAGCUAAGAGCAGCUAAUCCUUCAGUGAGCAAAAUAAAUCCUGCUGAGAAGUACAUUCAGGUUGUUUCUGUUGAAGGCCACGAGUUCUGGUUCAUGGGUUUUCUGAUGUACGACAAAGCCGCCGCCAGUCUUCAAGAAGCCAUGGCUAGUGCCCGAGAGUUGCAACCGUGAAGACAUCAAAUGGAAGUUUUCGGAUACAUCAAUCUCCACAACGUCAUUGGGGCGUCUCCAGUUCGGAACCGGAUUCCCUGGCUUCUGAGUGUCUCCUGUUUCAAAUCCUUUGCUCUGAAGCGUUUGACACGACACACUCACUAGCUUGCAUACUGGAAAUGUUUGUUAUUCCUGCCUGUGUUGUAAUCAUGAGAUAUAUACGGGAAAGACUGCAUCUGUCCAUUUUGAAUGCCUUAGUUACCGACAUUGAAAUGUGACAGUAUUUAUGUUUGUUGAGAACUUGAAUGUCAAGGGCCUAGGAAAGUUGAAUGGAA